UGAUUCAUUAAGAAACUUGAAGGAGCUAUCGCUGAGUCAAAAUGGAAUCCAAGAUUUUAUAACCUUAACAGGCUCUGAAGGACCAUCAAGGCUUAACAAAUUGGAGAGUCUUGAUUUAAGCUCAAAUUACCUGAACGAUAGCACCUUAUCAUUUCUCAAAGGGCUUUCAUCUCUCAAAUAUCUAUAUCUUGAUUAUAAUCAGUUGUAUGGAUCAAUAAAUACAAAAGAAUUUGAUUCAUUGAGCAACUUGAAGGUGCUCUCGCUGUUCAGAAAUAAAAUCCAAGAUUUUAUAACCUUAACAGGUUCUGAAGGAUCACUACGACUUAACAAAUUGGAAAGUCUUAAUUUAGGCUUUAAUAGAAUCAACGAUAGCACCUUAUCAUUUCUCAAAGGGCUUUCAUCUCUCAGGCAUUUAUAUCUUGAUUACAAUCAGUUAGAUGGAUCAAUAGACACGAAAGAAAUUGAUUCUCUGAGCAAGUUGGAGGUUCUAAGCCUAAGCAAAAAUAGUAUCCAUAGUUUCUCUAAAUCUAGAGAAAAUACAGGUUUUAGCAACUUAAGCAUUCUCUAUCUAGAUUAUGUCUUCAGUGAAGCCCGUGAUUUUAUACUACAAUCACUGAGCGCAUUCCCAAACCUUAAAGUUCUUUCUAUGCGAUACUAUGAUCUUUUUAACAUACAUGGUCAAGGGAUAUUGCCGAACCUCAAGUUUCUAGAACGACUGGACUUGACCGAGUCAUCCCUUGUCAACUAUAACUUCUUUCAAACAGUUGGAAAGUUUACCUCUCUCAAGAGCUUAAUUUUGCCCAACAGCGGACUUAGUGGCCCCAUAUCUGCUCCCCAUGGCCUUUGUGAGUUAAAACAUCUCCACGAGCUAGAUAUCAGCCACAACGAUCUCAAUGGUUCUUUACCUUCGUGCCUCUUGAAUUUGACAAACCUUCAAGCUUUAGAUAUCUCUUUCAACAACUUCACAGGGAAUAUAUCCUUGAGUCCCAUUGGAAGUCUCGUGUCCAUUCAAGAUCUAAAUAUUUCAGACAAUCACUUCCAAAUCCCUAUCUCACUUGGCCCAUUUUUUAACCUUUCAAAACUCAAGCAUUUGAAUGGUGACCGUAAUGAGAUAUACGAGUCAACAGAGCUGGUACACAAUUUGAUUCCAAGGUUCCAGUUACAGAGGCUUUCUUUGGCAUGUACUGGAUCCGGUGGGACAUUUCCGAAAUCCCUGUACUAUCAGCAUGACCUUCAAUUUGUUGAUCUCUCACACAUCAAAAUGACAGGAGAAUUUCCGAGCUGGUUGUUACAAAACAACACAAAACUCGAAGGGUUUUAUUUGGUCAACAAUUCCCUUUCAGGAUCUUUCCAAUUAGCAAAUCAUUCCCUUGUGAGGUUGUCACAUUUGGAUAUCUCGAGAAAUCGCAUCUACAAUCAAAUUUCCACCGAAAUUGGAGCAUGUUUCCCGAGGUUAGUGUUUUUGAACCUAUCCAGAAAUGAUUUCAGUGGUAGCAUUCCCUCUUCGAUCAGCAAUAUGAGCCUCUUGGAAGUCUUAGAUUUGUCCAAUAAUGGCUUGUCAGGCAACAUACCCGAGCAGUUGGUGGAAAACUGUUUAUCAUUACGUGUUCUCAUGCUUUCAAAUAAUUAUUUGAAAGGCCAGUUUUUCUGGAAAAAUUUCAACUUAAAAUACUUUACCGAGCUGAUAUUAAGAGGGAAUCAGUUAACCGGGAUUCUUCCGAAUAGCUUAUCUAAUUGUUCUGCAUUGCAAGUAUUGGAUGUCAGUCUCAACAAUUUGUCUGGUACGAUACCGAGAUGGAUAGUGAAUAUGUCUUCUCUUCAGUAUUUAGACCUUUCAGAGAACAAUUUUUUUGGAAGUCUACCAUCCAACUUUUGUUCUUCAUGGAUGAUGACAGAAGUUUAUUUAUCAAAAAAUAAACUAGAAGGAUCACUGAUUGGUGUACUCGAUAGCUGUUUGUCGCUGAAGAGAUUAGAUCUUAGCCAUAAUUAUUUUAGAGGUGGCAUUCCCGAGUCAAUUGGUUCUUUGUCACAGUUGAGCUUUCUUUUUUUAGGUUAUAAUAAUCUAGAAGCUGAAAUCCCAAGACAGCUAUGCGAACUAAAAAAAUUAAGCUUGAUUGAUCUUUCUCAUAAUAAUCUGUGUGGUCAUAUUCUUCCAUGCCUACAACCUAGAAGCAAGUGGUAUACGGAAUGGGACAUUCCUCCAGGUCCUUCUACUAUGCUGCUAGCAUCUGCUCCUAUGCCCUUGGAAGAUCCUUCUGUUAAUAAAUCUGUUGAGAUUACAACAAAGAGUAUAUCGUAUUCAUUCAAGGGAAUCAUCCUCAAUUUGUUCUCUGGUAUCGAUCUCUCCUGCAAUAAUUUGACAGGAGAGAUUCCGUUUGAGCUUGGAUAUCUUGGCAACAUCCAGAUGUUGAAUCUAUCCCAUAAUUGUUUAACAGGUCCAAUACCACCUACAUUUUCAAACCUGACGGAAAUUGAAAGCUUGGAUCUUUCCUACAACAACUUGAAUGGGGAAAUUCCUCGUCAACUUAUUGACUUAAACUUCCUAUCUGCUUUCAGUGUAGCCCACAAUAACUUAUCUGGCAAAAUACCAGAGAUGGUUGCACAAUUCUCAACAUUUAAGAAGUCUACCUAUGAGGAAAAUCCAUUGCUUUGUGGACCACCACUCACCAAUAAUUGUUUUGGAGAAAUAUCACCAUCAUCGUUGCCAUGGUAUCAGACUGACAAAAAAAAAGAAAACAGUUUCAUUGAUAUGGAGGCUUUCUAUGUGACUUUUUCAGUGGCAUACAUCAUGGUUCUGUUGGCAAUAGGUGCAGUUCUAUACAUAAACCCACAAUGGCGACAAGCAUGGUUUUACUUUAUUGAGGAGAGCAUCAAUAAUUGCUAUUACUUUCCUGUGGACAAUCUACCUGUGCCAGCCAGGUUCAAACGAUUUCAGCCUUGUGUCUAAAAUAGUAUUGGCUCCGUGUAUACUUUGUUUAGUGUUUACAUUUUCAAGUCGUGAUUGAUCAAUAAACCAAGUCUUUAUAGUUGGUAUUAAUAUAUGUUCAAACACUCUAUGCCAUCCUGCAAAUAAUGUUCUGUUUUUUUUUCUUACCUCGCUACCAAGCAAAGUUGAAAUGAAGC